CUUCUUAGUCCGGUCAUUCCUCACGCGGGAGAGAUGUUUUCCUUCCUGCAAUGUUAUAACACUGAAUUCUUGCUUAUUUACAUGCUUUAACAGGCUUCUAUGGUCACUUCUUUACGCCACAAAAUGAGAAAAUCAUCAGAAAACCACGUUGACUACGGGAUACUAUCUGAACAUUUUUCUCCAGGGAGUAAAGUAAGGGACUUUUACUUUCCAAACCACAACCCCGCCUUUGCUCUGGAGACCCCAAUGAAGCCUUCACAGAUCCCCAACCGCUUCCCGCACCAAACGUACAGCAGGUCUCUGCACUGUCACAGACCAGAGCAGCAACAACGACACAGGCAGCCCUUCAGCAUGACUCCCUACUACCCUCCUCCACAAUCUGCAGGACCACACCACCAUCGCCUAGGGCAGCUCCAGCACGGCUACACGUCACCCAACUGGAGUAACGGGGAAAACUACAACCGGCCUCAGCUAUGUCCAAGAGCGCAGGUGUCACACCACUGGCGCCCUGUGACCCCAACGCUACUGCCACUCCCUCCUCCGCGCGUGUCUGUCAGUCAUGUAAACCAAACAAGCAUUCACGCCAUGCUUCCUCAGAGAGAUCCUCCAGACAGUUCCACAGAUGCAGGGGUGAAACGCCAAGAUCUCACAGGGCAGGACAAACCCAAGGACAAGGUUGAGUCCGGUCCUGUGGAAGAUGUGCCACUGGUGGAGCUGCAUAAACCCAGUGGCCACCCCCUCCUUAGUGGGUGUCACAAGGACCGCGCCCCCCGACCGCACCAGGAGUCCUGGAGCAGCAGCAGCGGCCUGGCUCUGCCUUCCAUGCCUGGUCAGGACAGAAGGUCCAGCCUUCCUUUCUUACACAGCCACAUGCCCACUCAGGAGCAACAUCAAGAAGAGACGGCCUCGCGUACAUCACAAACAAAGGCACGCCAGAAGAGGUGCAGGAGAUCCAGAAGUGACGACGUCCACGCCAAGAAACCGUGUCUUCCAUCUGUACAGCCUGAUACAACACUCCAAUGCCCUUCUGCUAAUGUCCCCACCUCACAUUCCCAAUUACCUGACUCGGAGAGCUCUCCUAAAACUUCUGAAAACCAUACGCAGAAGACAGAAUCACUACAGGAAAAACCACUCAAGUCCACUCACUCCUUACCACACACACCUAAAUCUUGGGUUAAACAAGCUAGUGUUCAUUUCUCAAAUAAUGGCGUGAUAGUAUUAACACCUACAUGGAUGAAAAGUGACACCAAGAUACAUGAAGAAUCUAAGAAGACUGGAACAACUGCAACAAUUACAACGCCAUCAAAUAGUACCAAUGUCUCUUUUAGUAGUAGAAAUGAGCCCAAAAGCCUACACAGCAUCAGCCAGGUAGCUGACAGCAAAAUGGUGGACCUGAAUUGCAACAAAGCAGCGGUGAAGGCAAACGCGGGAUCACCAAGUUGUCGCAAAGUUAACCGUCCCAAAAAGCCGCCCGUAUUGGAUGACAUAAGUGACCUUUUCACACCUGAUCCGGUUUACACUGUCAAUUCUGUCCAGAAAACUCUAAAAAUUAGGCCAGAUGACAAAGCUAAAAUCCUCAACGAUAAAAGUGAACAAGCUGUUUCAAAUCACGCACAAACUCCAGGGUCCAAGCUAUUGCAUAAGGAGAAGGCGUCAGCACAUGGCAAUUCUUCAACGAACGUGUCAAAUACCAACUUACUCAUUCCUGAUGAUGUCCAGAUCUCAUUGCCCACUGUCAUUUUAACACGUAUGGCACUUCCCGAAAAGGAUGCCAAUGCCUGUGAGACGGUUAAACACAGGGAGGACAAAAAGAAGGCGGUUCAUGAUGAUUGUCUAGACCUGGACUUAGAUUUGACUCUGGAUUUGGACUUGGACGCUCCCAGUACUCAGAGCAGCGACAGCGAGGAGCCGCUCGUGUCCCUGCAGGAGAUCAUGACGAGGAAGAGCAAGCCUCUCGAUACGCCCAACAAAGGGGCCUUCUCCACACCCAGCACGCCCAGCACACCCAGCCACACCAACCACAAGAGACUGCACCACACACUGUCCAACACCAGGACGGGGAACUAUAAGAACAGCCUGGACCAAAUUCUCAAGGAGAUCACCACCAGUAAAAAAGCAAAAGAAACGGAGACAGAACUCCUAACAGCCUGUCAGGAGGAUCUGCUGAGGAUCGCUGAGUUUGAGGAGGAUGAGAUGAACAAGGAGGGGCCUCUGUCCGCUGAGCACCAGCAGAUCCUCCAGCGGUACUCCUUGUUGUCCAGUGCCAUCAGAGAAGUGCCUCCUGGACAUGACCUUUUUCAGUUGGAGAAGUUUGGCCGAAUCUUUAACCAGAACACACUGCAGCUCCGCCAGUGCAUACUCAGCCCUCAGGAGACAGCACAGAAGACCCUCCUGUGGUCCAGCCAUGCUCAGUUCAAGCUCUAUGUCCACAUCGAUCUGUUCCAAGAGGCCUACCAGCGCUCGCCCUGCCCCUUUCAGAUCACACGCUUUCUCUUCAAGAUGAUGUGCGUUCACAAUGACCACCUGUUGUCAGUGAAGAUACUACAGAUCCUCACUGACAUCGCAUACACCGCUGCUACUCAAACAGUGAAUGGCAGUGACAGAUUCCGGGUGUGGGUGCCCUCUGUAGCAGACGUCACGCUGGUGCUCAUGAACAUGGGAGUGCCCUUUGUGUCAUUGUUCCCUCUGGAGACUCUGCAGCCGCCUUUUACUGAGGGAGAGCUACUUGAAGACAUCUACAUUAAAAGUGAGAGUCCUUCCAACCAAGCACCAAGCACUUUCCCUGAACACAACUGUAACAACAUGUUUAAGUACCUGUCGUGCUGCCUGGGCCUGUGUCCGCAGGCCUAUUCUGACAGUGAGCUGCUGCUUCUGUUAACAACGCUCUGUACUGUCAGUUUGGAGACACGGUUCCUGCUACAGGCCACUGUGGACCUCUACCCUCUUUUCUACAAGCUGCUCAACAACAUCCGCCACUGGGACGACAUGAUGCUUAAAAUCUGCCUGGCUCUGACGGGCCUCACAGACGACCACCACAACAUGUGUUAUCUAGUUCAACUGCUGCCUGACCACACCCGUGGAAAGACUCUCCGCCGCCAUCUGAGCCUAUCUAUGAUUUCUAAACUGUUGGAUGGCAGUUGUAUGUACAGACCCAAAUCCAAAGAGCUGCAGCUGAGUGACCUGAGGCUGUACGUGUGGAAGAUGAAGCCAUCCUCUCUGCUGCGCUCCAUCCUCAGCUCUUGUCACCGCAGCCAAACAGAGGGGGAGGAGGACCGGAAUCUGCUUGAUCAACAGGCAUACUACCUCUGCUACAGCCUUUUGACUCUGACGAAUGAAGCGACCAAUGUGCAGUUCUUCCCCCCUCAGCAGAAGAAGCAUCUGCUGUUACUGUGUUCUGAGCUGGAGCGACACGUCAAGUGCCACAUUAGGGAGAGUGAGAAGUGUCUUUACCGCAGUAAGGUGAAGGACCUUGUGGCCAGGAUCUACACAAAAUGGCAGAUGCUACUUCAGAAAACAAGACCUCUAAAUGGCAAACUGUACGACUACUGGCAGCCAUUGCAAGGAGAUUCAGGAGGAAGCCUAGAUAUCGAAGAGAUUGAGUCGAGUCAGGAAGUCACAGAAAAAGACAGCGUUCUGGACCAGGACACUGUGGAGAUGGUGGAAGAUGGCACCAAAAUGGAUGACAAAGUGGUGGAUCUGACAGAGAAGGAGUUGACACAAAAUGGACUUACAAAUGCUGCUCAGAAACCAGUGGAUGAGCACUUAAAGGAGGAGACAGAAAUCCAAGAUGAAGGAAUGGAUUACCAAGAUGGAGAAGGUGACCAGUUUCCAGAAGAAGGGAGUGUCAUAGAGAAGGCCAAUAGCACUUUUGUACUGGACACUGAAGGAGGAGACACGCUUACACAAGGGGACGAACUCUGUGAGAACAUGGACACAGAGACAGAACAUACCUCAGGACUCUCCCCGGAGCAGUCCCUGUCUCCUGGCUUUGAGUGUGGGGUCAUGGAGAGGCAUGCUGUGGCUGGGGACAGGACGGACACAGCCCUGCUCCCCCUGCUCCAAACAAGCUAACUCCAGACAACGCACAGAUACUUCAGGGCUGACUUCUAUUGCACUACACCUGUUAAAAUAAAAAUAGUUUCUCAUAAAUAUUUCUGUUUCAAGGUUUUAUCCAAAUUGACUACUUUGUUCUACAACUGUUGUAUGAGCAGAACUGGUGCUCUUGUUUCAAACUUCAUCCUUACAGAUUUCAUAUAAAUAUUUUAUGGAUGGUCUAUUGAUGAUUGGUGAUAUCAGAGGAUUUCCCCAGAUAUCUCUAUCAGUCCAAUAUUGAAAAUUUAGCCAGUAUUUGUACCUAUAUUUUUUCCAUCUCUUUGUGCCCAUAUGUUCAUCAGAUUUCUCUUUUUAAGUAUACCAGAAAAAAGCGUUAUUAUUUUUGCAAAAGCAAUAUGUUAAUUUGGAAACUAUAACUUAAAAGCGUAAUAUCAGCAUAAGCAAAUAUCGAUUAUUCUACCAUCCGUACUAUAUUUCAUUUGCAAUUAAUUCUGUACCUCAACAUGUUGACUUUGAAAUAUUUAAGUGCAAUUAUUUUGUUAAUUAUUGCAAUUUAAGAUGAUAAAAUAAUUCUGUAAUUGUUUUGUAAUUUAUUGCAUGUGUUUUCAUAUUUUAUAUCUUCUGUGUUUGGCAGAAUAUUUUUCUACAGUUCUACAGUUUUCUACAAGUGUGUUUUCACAAAUGCAAUUAUUAAAUUUAAGUUUUCUUUUG